GUCUGGGUCCCCCCUGGGCGGGGCAGGGCCAGCCGGGGAGGGGGCGCGGGGCCUUUGUUAGGGAGCCAGGCCCUAGCCCCCGGGACAAUAGAGACACCGUCCCGGACUCCUCUCCCCGGCCGGCCGGGGCUGUCGGCGGGCGGGGAAGGAGAGGGGCCGGGGACGCGUCCCACUCUGCCCACUCUCUAGGGGUCGAUCUGUCCCGGGCCGGCGCCGGCCUUCGGCGGCUCGGCUCUCCUCCCCCCAGUCGGUAUGAUGCAGCAGCAGUGCCGCAGGGACGGGGGAAGAGCCGAGGCCCGGCCUCCUACCCUCCCCAGUGCCCCUGGCUCAUUUGUCGGUCCCCACCCCACUCGAGGCCGGCAGCUCCUUAAACUCGUACCCACCGUUCAGAGGGGCCCCGGACUGUGGGCGGUUUCUGAAUCCUUUGGUGAGGAUUCCUGGACUUUGGGGCUCUUGGAGAGACUUCCGGGCUGGUCCUGAGGGAGGGAGAGUGGUUAUCUAAAAGAAGAACAGCCGUGUUGCCGCCCGCUGUGCUAUGAGCAGUCAGAGCGCCGUCUCCACAAGAGUUUACAAAUGAAAAUGGAGGAAAUGUCUUUGUCUGGCCUGGAUACCAGCAAACUAGAGGCCAUCGCUCAGGAGAUAUACGCGGACCUGGUCGAGGAUUCUUGUUUGGGAUUCUGCUUUGAGGUACACCGGGCUGUCAAGUGUGGCUACUUCUUCCUGGACGACACGGACCCUGAUAGCAUGAAGGAUUUUGAGAUCGUGGACCAGCCGGGGUUGGACAUCUUUGGACAGGUUUUCAACCAGUGGAAGAGCAAGGAGUGUGUGUGCCCCAAUUGCAGCCGCAGCAUUGCCGCCUCCCGCUUUGCUCCCCAUCUGGAGAAGUGCCUGGGAAUGGGUCGGAACAGCAGCCGGAUCGCCAACCGCCGGAUUGCCAAUAGCAACAACAUGAACAAGUCUGAGAGUGACCAAGAGGAUAACGAUGACAUCAAUGACAACGACUGGUCCUACGGCUCAGAGAAGAAAGCCAAGAAGAGAAAAUCAGACAAGAACCCCAAUUCCCCUCGAAGAUCCAAGUCUUUAAAACACAAAAAUGGGUUCUCUGUCUGUACCUCUGCAUCAAACACCCUUCCCCUUCUUUUUUCUUCUUCAGGGGAACUUAGCAAUUCGGAUCCUUUUAAGUAUAACAACUCAACUGGGAUCAGCUAUGAGACCUUGGGGCCAGAGGAGCUGCGUAGCCUGCUCACCACGCAAUGUGGGGUGAUUUCUGAACACACCAAGAAGAUGUGCACAAGGUCCCUGCGCUGCCCCCAGCACACGGAUGAGCAGCGGCGAACCGUGCGGAUUUACUUCCUCGGACCCUCCACCGUCCUUCCAGAGGUCGAGAGUUCCCUGGAUAAUGACAGCUUUGACAUGACUGACAGCCAGGCCCUGAUCAGCCGGCUUCAGUGGGACGGCUCCUCUGAUCUCUCUCCCUCUGAUUCAGGCUCCUCUAAGACGAGUGAGAAUCAGGGAUGGGGUCUAGGUACCAACAGCUCCGAGUCACGGAAAACCAAGAAAAAGAAAUCUCAUCUGAGCCUGGUAGGGACUGCCUCUGGCCUGGGCUCCAACAAGAAGAAGAAGCCAAAGCCACCGGCACCCCCGACGCCCAGCAUCUACGAUGACAUCAAUUGACUUGGGUGCACGGGAUAGCCUUUGGCUGAGCAGAGCCCUCUCUCCUGACCCCCACCCAGGUGGCAUAACCUGGCAAAUGGACGGCUGCUGGGGGUUUGGGCUUGGGAAGUUUGGUGGGCCAGGCAAGCAGAGGAUCCAAUUAUGCGCCCCUGGGGGGUGUCAGGGUCCUCUGCGAUGGAGCACCACCUCUCGGCAUGCAGGACUCAGACCUGGACAUAUUAUGCCUUGGACAUAAGUUUGGUGGGGAGGCAGUUUUCCUAUUUAUUCUGUGAGUUACUGGAUGUCCAGCUAGGCCAGGGGCCUGACCUGGGCACUAUGCCAGUGCACUGCCUGCCCCCCACCCCAGGAACUGGACUAAGCCCUGCCGAGGAGCAUUGUGGCUGCCCGGAAGGCUGUGGGUUGGAAGCUGAGCCUGGAGGAGGCCUCCCCUGGCUGCCCUCAGCAAUGUGAAUGGGUCCGGUGCUUGGAGCUGAGGGGCAGGGCUGGGCGUGUCCUGUCUGUGUGCAGAAUCCUAUCAAAUGCCCCCAAUCCCAGGGGUAGGCAGGCACAGUGAGCUGUCUGCUGAGGUGGGCGACCAGAACUGCCGCCACCUUCCCUGCCCCUCACAGGGGCAGCCCUUUUCCCUCAGUCCCCAUGGGCCUCCUUGGCAGCAGGAGCUGUCUUUUUGUUGUUGGGUGCCAGGAAAGGGCCUCCAGCCUCUACAGCUUCAAGGAAUGGGCAAGGGAAGGGUAGGAAGAGGGAGCUGUGUAUCAAAAUGACUCCCCCCCUACCUUUCCUCCCUGACCCAGGGCUGGUGAGGAGUGGGGCCCCAAGGUGAGAGGGAACGGUGCUGCUUUAUUUGAAAUGUUUUCUUACCUCAUUCCCUGCCCCAGGAAGGGGCCCAGCCUCACCCUCCUGGGGUGGCCCCAUGUUCCUCCUGCCUACCCCGCCCCACUGCCCUACUGGGGCAGCCCAGGUUCCCAACUGCUGCUUGCCAUCCCCUCUCUCACCUUGACCAGCUUCAGUUCCUCUCUCAAUGCUCCUGCCUCCGAAGCCUGCCCUGUUUCCCCUUCCUUAGCAGCUUUUAAGUUAUUUAUUCUGUACUUGUGGUUUGGGGCUCUGAGGAAAAUCCUGAUCUUUUACCUCUCCCCUUUUGCUAGGAGUAGGGUGGGAAGAGAGGGUAGUCUCCGUGCUCUGGGUUGUCAGUGGAGGGGGAAAGGGUGUGAUGUCUAGGCAUUGCUCCUCUGGGGGACUGUCAUGCCAGUGUGCCCACCUGUCUGGUCUACAUCCUGAAGAGAUGUAUGGUCCCACCUCCACGCAGGCACCAUCACUCCCAGGAGCCGAGCUGGAGGACUGCAGUCUGGGCUGGGAGCAGAGCUGACUGACACAGGGAUGGAGUUGACCCUGAGCCAUGGUCUCUGGCACUUGCUGGAUGUGUCCCCUGCCCUCCUCCCAGGAGGAGCCAUCCCACAUUUGGGUAGCUAGUACCCAGGACUGGACGGACUGAUUUGGGUUAGGGCCCCUAGAGGGUUAAAGGAACAAUGGAGAUGGGGCUGCAGUACCCUGUCUGGAAUCCCCAUCUCCCCCUGGGGUGGUUCUGAUUGUAGCUGACACCUGGUUACAAAUUGGUUUUUAACCCACAAAUUGUGAUUAUUUUUUAAAAAGCUAAACAAAUUUUGGCAGGAGUUAGAAUAAAUCUUGGGGCCUGGGCGCCUCUGUUUUUGACCCUCCACAGCCUUCGCCCUCAAAGGGGAAGCCAGAGGGAAAGGAGGAUCUCAGCCAGCGUCCAGCCUGCUCCCGAAUGAAGGCUUGGGGGUAGAUGAAGGUGAAGGGAGGAAGGCCGUGGGCCACUCUCCCUUCUGAGAGGCAGCUGCAGCUCAGGCCCUAAUACACCCUUUCCCCUCUGGCCUCUCCCUUUCCCUCUUCUGGUCAGAGGAGGGAGAAGUGGGAAGUAGUUUGGGAACUGGUUUGUCCACAUCCACUUCCCCAUUGUUGCUUGGCCCGCCCUCAGGGCAGAGCCCCCUGCCCAGGCUGGGUAAGAGAUGGGCUUGGUCCAGCAGGGACCCUGAGGGAGCAAACCCCCUUCCUUCUGGGGAGAGUGUGCCCCCCUACCAUGUAGUUGAACAGGGGCUAGGAACUCCCCACUCCCCUCCCUCUAACAGCAGGCUGUGUGGGUGUCAAUUCCCAUCCUCCCCACCCCAGCUAGGUGUCCACCCUGUAUUCUAUCAUGUGUCUGAGUGUGUGUGGGGGGUUCUGUACUAAUUUCCAUGGCCGGUGGCUUUUCCUUCCAUGCAUCACUCCCCCCCGCAUGCCCAGGGGCCACCCGCCUGGCAUUACCGCAUGCUGGGGUCAUUGGGGGAGGGGGGUGGGGCUCACGCUGUCCUGUGGUGUUGAGAUUUUUAUUUUUGCAUAUAUAAUCCAUCCUGUACAGGUAGCUAACUUUGUAAACGCUGUGUAUUUCCCCUGCCCCCAUGGCUGCUGGUGUAAAUAAACUGCAUCUCCUGUUGGUA